AUUUUCUGCAGGCAUUAUUCCGGUCGCCUGCCGGUCCUUCCUCCUUUUCUACGUCCCUGAGCGAGGCCGGCGUCAAGAUGAAUGACACUGUAACAGUCAGGACCCGCAAGUUCAUGACGAACCGGCUGCUUCAGAGGAAGCAAAUGGUCGUCGAUGUCCUCCAUCCCGGCAAAGCCACAGUCCCAAAGACUGAAAUCAGGGAGAAGCUUGCCAAGAUGUACAAGACCACACCUGAUGUUGUGUUCGUCUUUGGCUUCAGGACUCAGUUUGGUGGUGGCAAGACAACAGGCUUCGCCAUGGUGUACGACUCUCUAGACUAUGCUAAGAAGAACGAGCCCAAACACAGACUUGCCAGGCACGGUCUCUAUGAGAAAAAGAAGACAUCAAGGAAACAGCGCAAGGAACGCAAGAACAGAAUGAAGAAAGUACGAGGCAUCAAGAAGGCCAGUGUUGGCGCUGCUGGCAAGAAGUGAGCCUGGACAACCAGGGAGGGUCUCCGUGCUCAAGAUGUUCUUGUAUAUUGUCAUCAAAUAAAAUUUGGAAAAAAGUGGAAAAAA